GUCAUAUGUAUGCGGAAGUAGAGAACCGUUGCUUCGCUGUCUGUUUGCUAAUCAUUUGGGAUCGGAUGCUAGCACGGAUCCCCUUGCUGACGUUGAUUCUUUCUGCAGCCGUCAACCAGUAAACAACACCCAUGGUUAUGAUGAGCCAGAAGCAGUGCCUGGAGGGCCAGGUGUACUCUGUGCCUCUCAUCCAGUCGGACCUGAGGAGAGAGGAGGCUGUCCAUCAGAUAGCGGAUGCAUUACUCUACCUGGAGACCAUUUCUACGGAUAUUUUCAGAAGGGUGUCCGACAGUGUGGAGAAGAACCGGCGCCAGCUGCAGAGUGUUACUGACAGGAUCAGACUGGCUCAGGCCCGCGUCGACAAGAUCAAAGGCAGUAAGAAGGCCACCAAGGUUUUCUCCAGCGCAAAGUACCCGGCUCCAGAUCGCCUUCGGGAUUACUCGUCUAUUUUUAUUGAGGCUACAGACCCCUCCUCACAAACUCGCCCCCGACAAAGGAUACAGAAUAAACUUCGACCCUUUGAUGAGACGGCUUUGCAGGAGAAAUUGAUGUAUUUCCCAGUGUGUGUGAGCAAAAAGAAGAAGUCUGAGGAUGAGACAGAGGAGGGACUUGGCAGUCUGCCACGCAACAUCUCGUCUGUCAGCUCGCUGUUGCUCUUUAAUACUACAGAGAACCUAUAUAAGAAAUAUGUGUUCCUCGAUCCUCUGGCCGGAGCCGUGACAAAAACACACAGAACACUAGAGACUGAGAAAGAAGAGAAGCCGUUUGAUGCGCCGCUGUCCAUCACGAAGAGGGAACAGUUGGAUAGACAGACGGCAGAGUCUUAUUUCUAUGUGCCAGACCUGGGUCAGGUGCCCGAAAUAGAUGUGCCAUCUUACCUGCCUGACCUUCCAGGCAUCGCAGACGACCUCUCCUACAGCGCAGACCUCGGACCCGGCUUCGCCCCAUCAGGACCCACACACAUUAUCCCUGAUCUGCCCACUUUCGCUGAGGAGAGCGAUGCACAUGCCUCUCAGCUCCAACCCAUGGUUCCACCUCCUCCACCACCUCCCCCCCCUCCUCCCGAGCCUGCCCUCGCUCCUGCCAUUCCUGCAGGACCACCUCCUCCUCCUCCCCCUCCGCCUCCCCCACCUCCCCUUGACAGCCCCACGCGGGUCCCUCAGGCGUCAAACUCAGGCCCCGUGUCUGGUGCUCCCAGCCGGGUGGUUGAGCCGUCGGACGGCCGUGCCAAUCUCCUGGAGUCCAUCCGCAACGCCGGCGGCAUCGGCAAGGCCCAGUUACGCAACGUCAAAGAGCGCAAGAUGGAGAAGAAGAAACAGAAGGAGCAAGAGCAAGCAGUGGGCGCUGCAUCUAGUAGUGGAGACUUUAUGUCUGAUCUCUUCAACAAACUCUCCAUGCGGAGGAAAGGCAUUUCUGGGAAGGGUCCAGCUGCUGGCGAGCCGGGCAAAACGCCAGCUGGUACUGGCGGUGCAUUUGCCAGGAUGUCUGAUGUCAUCCCACCGCUUCCUUCUCCUCAUGUGACAACGGACGACGACGACUGGGAGGCAUAACGUGAAGGACGAUGAAGACUUACUGUAGGACUUAGCGGCUCCCAGCAUUAAGGUCUCCGAUUUAUUGGGAAAUUCUCCGGUGUGCCAAGCGCGUAUGAGAACAAUGGCGGCCAACACGUGAUGGCGUCAUCUGAAGCCAGUGUUUUGGUUUGUCCACCCUGGGCUUCCGUAGGAAUGAUAUGAUGAUGCUAACGAGCGCAAUGAAGAGGAUGUAAAGAGCUCAUUCCACGGUAAUGAAAAUAGGUUCCUCUUUUCAGGGGAUCAUUCAACAGUGAUAACAUACGUGUGAACAUGUUACACACUGGCCCUUACUCAGUGAACAAACAUUCGUUAUAAGUCCUUUGGUUUGUCCCACCUGUUCAACAAAACAUCCCUAAAAAUCCAAUAAUCAUUUUUAUUGAUAAUGAUUUAUUGUACAAUAUUAAAUUAUACAAGUGUUAAGACUGAAUGCACUGAAACCAUUUUACUAACAUCUUGCAUAGUCCUUUUUUUUGCAUUACAUAACAGAAUAAAAUGCAUUAAAUAUUUAACAUAUUCUUCAAGGCUAAAUUAGUUACAGGGAUGUCAUCGCUGUGUCUGAUGUCUUUGGAGAAGCUGCUUCAGUUAUUCAUUUACAAAUAUCUGUUCCAGACUAAAUUCUAAGACAUUGCAGAACUGAUGUAUUGUUUCAAUCUGAUAAAUAACCUUUUGCCAUCA